GUGUGCAAUUUUGAACAGACGUUUUUUGGGCCUGGUCUUCACGUUAAUGUUUUAGUGGUCAUACUGCUGGCAUGGAUGGGAUUUCUAAUUUAUAAACUGCAUGGAGCCUAAUAAUAUAAAUGUGAAACCUGAACCAUUGUUUAGUAAUCUGUCCACUGGAGUGAUAUAUCCUCUCUCUAUUCACAAUCCCGGUAAUAAUCAGUUAAGUCCUUCGUGUACUGUUCUCCAAGAUGAUUCAUUUCCAAACUCAAACUCUAUCCGUAUACCUUCAGUUGGUUUUCCGCUUAAUGACUCCGAUAAAUUGGAUACUUCGGCAACAAAUCAGAUAAGAGCAAUCACAAUUCACUUUCUAGUUCUACAGACUCAAACACAAAGCCUUUAUCUGUCCAUUGUGCCGAGGAGUCAUCAAAUGUUUUUUCUGCGCAGUCAUCUCUACCUUCUCUCAGUUCAGAAUUUCAGGUCCCGAAUGUCCCAAACGAAUGCUCACAUAAAUUCCCUGUACAUGCAGCUGCCAAGCCUAGUGAAGCAUUGUUUGUUCGGGCCUUAAUUGGACGUUGCAAGCGCAUUGCUCCUCUAUGGUUUCGUGGUGUUUCAUCAAUGCGUGAACGCAAUCGGGAAGAAAACCGUCGUAUGGCAUGUAACAGUGGUCAGAGCCAAAGUGAUUGGAGUCUCAUAGCACUAAAGAUCGGGGAAAUGAAUGCUGGAAGUGAAACUGACGCUGUAUCAAAUUUACUCAAGAAGUUGUAUAAAGAGUUGCCCAGUGACUCAGUAUUUUGGUUUCUUAAAUGUUGGCUUGGAAGUGAAGAUACUUUAAAUGAUCCACAUUCUUGUGUUAUAAGUCGUGGUGAUGCUAAAGGUCGUAUGCGACGCAUUGAUGGUGGCAAAGGUUCUGAUAAGGUUUGGAGAUUAGAUACAAUUGUUGGUAUGCUGUAUCAUGGUUUACCAAUGUCAAGUACCGAUACCAACAUCAUGGUGCAUACAUGUGAUCAUGAAUUAUGCGUUCGACCACAGCAUAUUCGAUUCAGAGCUAGUUCGGUAGCUCUUGUUGUGGUUUUAAAAGCAUUGGCUCAAGCAGGUUACACCAUUAUUCCACCGUCGAUUGCUGCCAAUUCUGAAGGGAUUGCUCCUAACGUACCGGAUGAAUAUGUGGAUGUAUUUGGACCUUUUUCUAUCGAACAACUCCAACAAUAUAGAAGUGAAAACCUAAAUCCUGCCAAUGAGUCUAUAUCUAAGCUUACUUUAAGUGCAUCUGAUCGUGACUUAAUCGAUCUGGUUCCAGUUAUUAAAGAUGCUUUACAGAAAUCUGAAACUACAACGACAAUGACAACAACAAUAACAACAGGAUCAAUGAAUUUGAACCGCGCCAAUUCAUUUCCAAAUUCAUAUAUAUCCUAUGGUUAUCAUAAAUCUCAUAAAUUAGAUCCAUUACAUGAAUCAUUAACUAUAGCAACUACAAUCAAUAAUUUCCCAUUCAAUACAAUUAAUUAUACUAAACAACAUUCACCUAUAAAUCAUCAAAAUUCAAUAAAUGAAUUCAAUCAUUCAACAUUAAUAUGCUCUACAAAUAGAAAUCAUUCAAUUCAAUCUAAUAAGAAUGAUUCGAUGAUUUAUUCAAAAGAUCAGAAUGGAAUUCUAUUAAAAUCUGAACGUUAUAGUUUAAAACGACCAAGACCAGUAUCACCUAGUUCAUUUCCAUCAUCACCAGCAAAAAAUUCAUAUCAUUUACAUUCUUCAUCAAGUCCACCUCCACUUAUAUCCGGAAUACCAUUUAGUAGUAGUAACAGUAAUAAUACUAAUACUAAUACUACUACUAAUAAUAAUAAUACUCGAAUUUCACAAAUUCAUCCACAAAUUCGUCGACCAUCUGAUUCAACAUUAUUAACCAAUGGGAAUAUUUCAUCGUUAAUCUCAAAUAAUCCUGUUAGUUUGACAUGUGCCAAUAGUAAUAACAAUAAUACUUCAAGUGCAUUUUAUACAUUUUCUAUGCAUGAUAAUUCUGCCUUAUCUAGAUCACUUCAAUGUGCUAAUGUCAUGACUAAUACUAUUACCACUACUACUACUACUACCGAUACUAUUACUAGUAAUACUACUGCUACGACUUCUAUGGUUAUGUGUACUUCAAAUAGUCUAUUACCUCAUAGUUCUCCAAACUCUCUGGUAUCACGACCUAUUAAGAAUGAUCAAGAUCAAUCAAUGCUUCAUCAUCAUCAUUUUCAUUCUGACCAAUCAUUAGUUCGACGACAACACCAAGAAGGCGAAGAAGAAUAUGAUGAUGAUGACGGCGAUGACGAUCAUUCAUCAUCACCAUUUCUACUUCAAUCAUGUACUACCAUGCAACAACAACAACAACGUCAUUGUAAUUUAAAUAAAGAUGGCACAUUCCUUUGUUCACAACCGUAUCUUGGAUUGAUAGUCAAUAGUGGUUCAGUGAAUGGUUUACAUAUAUAUCCAUCUUCUGUUAACAAUACAAUAAAUACAACUACUAAUAACAAUAAUAUUAAUACAACAAUAUCUUGGAUGAAUAGUUCCAAUUACUCAUCUAGUGGAAAGUCAACACCUCGGCAACCGGCGAAAAAACGUCCUGAAGCUAGAACACCAACUAUAGAUGGUUCAUUAGAUGAAAAUCUAUUAUCAUAUCCUUUAUCAAAUUCCUUAACUAACACCACCUCGAUGAUGACAACAUCGACAGCAACUGGAUUAUGCAAUUUUGAUGAUUCACAUUCACGUUUAUCAACAACACCUGUAACAUCAUCGGCAGAAUCGACAACGAAUACCUUUAUGGUACAUCAUAAAUCACCAUUCGUCCCAGUGCAUAGUAGAGUUGGUCGUCCCAGUUCAACAGAACUAAUUUCUACUAGUUUAAAUUAUAUAAAUGAUGAUCCUGGUUCACAUUGUCUUUCAUCAUUUACAACAACUAUGACAGUAAAUAAUUCACCAAAAAAACAAAUUUCAGAAAAAUAUCAAUUAAUAACUAAUACAAAUGUCAAUUUCUCUUCUACACACCAUAAUACCAAUGAUCGUGAUGUUGACGAAGAUGUUGAUGAUGAUGACGAUGAUGAAGGUGAAAUGGAUCAAGAAUUAGUUGAUAUUAUGGUUGCACGUAAUACUGCUUCAACUGUAUCAAAUUUUUCAUCAUAUUCUUCAUCGAAUUUACAUAAUUCAUUUAAAUCACAAAUUGGCCACAAUCAAAUCCAUCCACUUCUGUUAAAUUAUAACAACAAUAAUCGUAGUAUUAAUACUACUACUACUAAUAAUAAUAUUAACAAUCGACAAGAUUUACUGAAUUCUGAUGAUAUUGGUAGUGCUAGUCCAAAUGGAAGACGUGUGAUAGCCGCAAUUGUUGCCGCUUUAGCGAAUGUCAGUGAAUCACCAUUAAUGAUGGAGAGUAGUUCAACUCCAGUUAAUAAUUCACGACGAAGUGUAUCAGCUUGUAGUCUUCCACAUAUUGAAAUUAAUGCAUUAAAUGAAGAUUCAGUGGAUUUAUUUUCACAUCAUCAUAAUAAUCAUAAUCAUCAAAAUAAUCAUAUGAAUGGUCAUUUUAUAACUAAUAUACAUCAAAAUCAUAUUAGUCAAUCUAAUAAAAAUAAUUCAUUAAAUGGUAAUAGUGAAUGGAAUUAUUCAAAUAAAUUAAUAACUAAAAAAUCAUUAAGAAUAGGAAUUGGUGAUGAACAACCAUUGACUCCACCACCGCCUAAAUUAAUGUCAUCAUCAUCAUCGUCGUCAAGAAAACAUUUGACACCUUUAUCAGGAUCAAUGAUAAAAACAACAACAACAUCAACAGUUUCAUUACGAAAUGAAAUCAAUUCAUUUACUGAUGAUCAUGGAACAUUAGACAUUAUUCCUAAAUUAUCACCUAGUGUUAAUUGUACUAUGAAUGAUGAUGAUGAUAAUAAUAAUAAUAAUAUUUGUGAAUACAGUUUAAACAGAAAAGAUUCAUCUCCACAAGAAUCGUCAAUGCAUGAAUUGGCUAGUCUACUUCGUAAUUCACCGGCUUCUGGAAUUAGUCAAGAGUUGAUUGAUAUGCUUGCUAAUAUGGCUCAACAAUAUGGAAUGCAACAAUCACGUACAGGUAGUCGUGCUAGUCGUCCAUCAAGUCAAGUUGCUCAACGUUUUUAUCGAAGCCUAGUUAAUGGUUCUGUAUGUGGUUCACCAUUUCCAAUAACUCCUGUUGGUAGUUCUACUUCGUCAACAUUUAACUUUCUUCAUACUCCUAACAGUUGUGGCGGAGUCAGUGGAGUAGUAAGCGGUGUCUCUGUAGGAGGCAUUGUCACUUGCGAACAAAACAAUAAUAUAACACCAUUGAGCUAUUGUCAUCAAACAAAUGGAUUAACUACUACCACUACUGAUAAUAAUAGCAGUAGUUAUUCCACGUUACCAACUAAUCAUUUGCAUAGUUUAAGUUUCACUCCAUUGUGUAUUGAUGAUUUAGACUCAUCAACUAGUUUACAAAUUCUACCAACUUGUACAAAUCAUGAAUUAUUACUGACAAAUAAUCGUAAUUGUAUAAAUCAAUGCGCAAUAUUGAAUCGUCAUCAUUUUUCGUCAUCACCGUCUUCAUCCCAAUUUAUUUCCUCCUCUUCUUCUUCGUCAUCAUCGUCUUCUUCUUCCUCUACCAUAUCAUCGUUUAAUAGUCAUACCAUCAAUAAUAAUAGUAAUACUGUACCGAUAUCGUCGACAGCAUCUGCUUUCUCAUUGCACAACUAAAAGUGUUUGUUUCUUGUGUGUAUGUGUGUGCUUCAAGCGCCCCCUUCCCUUAUUCGUGUGAUGAUGUACACAAAUAUGUGUAUAUGUUUAUAAUAUACAUAUAUGUUGCUUGUUUGCUUUUUCACAGGGAAUUUUUCUUCUCUUUAUCAGCUGUUUGAAUAUACAAAAGUGUUUUUAUAAUUGUUCUUAUACUUUUCAGAGAAAAACGAUAUUCUUAAAAUCAAUAUUUAUGCAGUUAUUUUAUUUAUUCCAUGUUAUGCAUUCAAUUCUAAUGACAUUAUUUUGCUUAUUUACUAUUUAUUGUUUGUUAUAUGGAACCGAUCAUGAUUGCAUUUGACAUUGUGUAUGUGAGUAUGUAUAUGUUUGUAUGUAUCAAUGUCUGUGUGACCUCCUGUUUUCUUUUAUUUUGGUGUUUAUUUUAUAGUUUCUUUUGAAUUGUCGUUGUUCUCAUCUGUUUUUCUUUCUUUUUUUUUCAUUCUUUCUCCUUUCUUUCAUUACUCAGACACAUAAUUGAAUAUACCUAUUUUUGCAAUUGACCAUUACGUGCUUUUGUUCUAUCAGUGAAUGUGCUCAUCACUCAACUACCCUGAACCUUCGCAGAAAAGUCGGCGGGGGGGGGUGAGAGAGUAGGUGCAGUUUUUUUUACAGUUGCUCUUUUUUUCAAACUCUCAAAUAAAUUGACAUCGACUUAACUGAUACCGCUAUUAUCACAAUUUUGUUAUUGUGGCUCUAGAAACGUCAUUGGAUUCUUAUCGUUUACAGUGUCUUAUUUGUUUACGAUUGUGUGUACAGAAAAAAAUCAGGUGUAAAAUGUACAUUUCCAUUAUCUCCUGUUUAUUGCCACUUGGAUAAUGUAUUACAUCCUUUAAUGCAUAUAUGUAUGUGUGUGUAUGUGAACAGAAACAACAUCAUGACGUCGGCGAUGAUGUUGUAAAGAUCGUGCUAUCUGAUGUGCAGUCUCUUAACCUUUCUGUGUUUAUUUACUUUCUUCUACGUGUUUUUAUAUGUAUUUCAAAGCCUUUCUCAUUAACAAUUUCUAUUCAUUCUGUAUUGUACACAAUUAUAUCUGGGACUUUUUUUAAUAUAUACACAUGUACUAUUUAUUGCCCCUUAAUCCUACUUAUAUCCUUAUAAGCACUAUACUACCCGGUUGAUACAAUUGAUUGAUAUAUUCAUUCAUUGAAGGUAGAUUUUUACCGGUUGUUCUUCAUUGUGUAUGUAUGUGUUCAUCACAUUUCAUCUAUCUACAUAUAUAUAUGUAUUAAUAUCCAGUAUUAUUAUAAAUCACGGUGACUAAUACUACACCAGUGUUAUUUGUCAAUUCUGGUUUUAUGCAAUAUCUUUACAUUUUAUUCUAUACAUAAUGAUUAUUUAUUUGGUCAUUUUAUAUUACAGCGCCAAAAGAUAUUAUGUAAACAUUUAUUUAUUUAUUUACUUAUUAUUAUAUCCCUGAUUAUAUACUACUACUAGUAUUCGACUACCGAUUGCGUCCAUCUACCCCCCCUCUCUUUCCUACUCUCCCACACACACAGAAUGUAGAAACUUCUUCAUCUGUAUAAUGAUCUAAUUUGCUCGUAUAUAUUAAUGUAUAUCAUUCAUUCUGUGGUUGAUUUGCUUUCAUCGUUCCUGUUCUCCUCCCUGUGUUUUCAUUUCUCUAUUUUUUAUUAUUUCUUCUCAUCAUGAUAUACUGUAUACAUCUAUUUAUAUAUUUGUUUACCACUCUCCUUAUCUCUUAUUUGUAAUAUAUAAAUAAUAAUAUUUUUCUAUAUGCUAAAGAGAUGAAAAAGAUUGUGAAACACCAAAUAAUAAUAGUCAAUAUUAUUCUAUAUGCCUUGUAUUUAUUUAUUUGUUCGUGAUUUUUUUCCUCUUCAUCAUGAAUAGUUACUAUCUGAAAUUGUAGUAAUAUGAUAAUGACAAUGUGCAUGUACGUGUGUGUGUGUGUGUGCGAGCGCGAGCGCGAGCGCAAACAUUACUCUAAAGUGGAAAACAAUGUAACAAUACAAAGACGUAAAUAAAGAGAGAGAGAGAGGGGGGCAGAGUGAGCAAAACAACACAUACUUAUUUAGUGAUAUGUAUUAUUAUAUUGUGCAAAAGGAAUGUAAUCACAAUACCAUACUAUACAACAUACUACUGAUGAUAAUAUGGGAAAUUUUUAUUUCAUUGGACAGUGAGAGAGAGAGUAAAAGAAGAAAACAAAUAAAAUUUAUUUAUUUAUAAUAUUUGAUGAUUUUAGGCUUUUAUUUUAUAUAUUUUUUAUGAAUCCCUAUCCUAUCGUUCCCUCCCCCUACUCCUGUGUCUUUUAUAUACAUGCAUUCAAUGAUUUCAUGUUGUAUAAUUUUUUUCUUUUUUUUGGGGGGGGGAGGAAUGAGUUGGUAAAUAAAUUUUAAAUUAAAAAAAUUUGUAAUUCUAAUGUAUGGUCUGUAUGUGUAUGUGUGUAGUUGAGUAUAUUUUACUAUUGUAUAUGUAUUAUUACCUGUAUAUCUCUAUAGUAUAAUAUUAUGAAUGAAUAUAUAUGUGUAGAUACACACUCACAACCAUAUGCAUAUUCUGAGGUACUUCGAGUAUCAUUCUAUUCUUCGGUCUGUUCUUCUUCUUCUUCUUCUCUUUCAAAAUUCUGCAAAUUUCUCUGUUUUUUUUUUGUUUCUUCUGUACAGAUUAACUGAAUUGUUGUGAUAAAGGAGGGAUGUUUUAAUUUAAAACUUGUUCAAUAUUAUAGGAACAGUGAAUUUUGUAUUGAUUAAAGCACAACUUAUCGAUUUAUUGAAUACAUCUCCCAACUGAAUUUAUAUUUCAACGACUAGGUAAUGAUAGUUGAAACGUAUAUUCAUACUAGUUCAUAUUAAAAACAUUCAAGCUCAAAAUCAACUAUGUAUUUAUUAUUAAUUAAUUAUAAUGAGAAUGUAUGAAAAAUGAAUACAGAGAUAGAUAGAUAGAGAGAGAGAAGAGGGUUGGGAGAGGAAUAAACAAUUUUGACUUUCCUUGGUUUUUCUUUUCAUUUCCAACCUUUAUAAAUUGAUAAUGUAAAUGCUUGUGUGUGUGUGUGUAUGUAUUUAUGCGUUACCCAUGUACUCAUCCCCUACCUUGAAAAUUUAAUUUACAUAAAAUCUACCAUAUAAUUGUAAUUCAUUACCGGUUAAUGAAAAUAAUACAUUAUGAAUUGCUAUGCUUACAAUGUUUGUUUGUUUGCCCCCCCCCUUUAGAUGAGCCUAUUAAUCAUAGUAAUCGUAUAUAGAAAAUUGGUUUUAAUAUUGUUUUUUUUUUCUAAAAAAAAUAAAGAAAUAAACUUCUAUUGCCUUCAUUGUAUGUGCAUAUGUUAUUUGUGAUUUGAGUAAAGGUUUCUGAUAAUAUGAUUAUUAUAACACAAUCAUUAUAAUAUAUACAUAGUUACUGUCACUGUUUUUCUUUUCCUUUUUUCUCUCUCGUUUUUUCCCCUCCCUGUUUUCUCGUUUUUUUUGUUCUGUUUAUUUGUUUGUUUAUUUAUUUGUUUGUUUUUUUUCGGUUUAUUCAAAAGAAGCAGAGAUUAAAUAAAUAAGUAAAUUGAUACAUGUACGUAUAUAUAUGUAUGUAUGUAUGUAUGUAUGUAUGUAUGUAUGUAUGUAUGUAUAGUGAUGUUGUAAUUAUUCGGUUUAAUUAUUGCUAAGAUGAUCAAACUCCUUUUAUAGUAAACAAUAUGAACAUAUAUAUUUAUGUAAUUAAGGUAUUGUCUUUUCAAUGUUUGAUAAUUUCAAAGAUUAUGUAAUGAAUAAUAACACAAAUAGGGACAAUUGGAUGUUCAGUAUAUGGGUUGUGUAGAUUAUUAAGUUUUUGAUUGAGAUGAUCAACUGAUUGAUGUUAAACCACGGUUAGUUAAGCGUUCACGCGCAAGACUGAAGGCCAUGGGUCCGAAUUGGCGAGUAGGAUCGUGUAUACGCAUCGCUGAGGAGUCCCAAAAUAGGACGAAACGGCUGUCCAGUGCUUUCAGGUUUCCCAAACAAUUGAAUGUAUUUGAACACAAAAUUACAGAACUGUACAGUGAAUACUUCAUUUGUAAAAUAUUUAUUAUUUGCACCAAGCUUCGUUUUCAUAUCAAUCAUUCUCUUUUCUUUGAACAUUAUAACCAUCUGUAACUAGACAUUUCACUUACAUUUGCUGAUACAUACUACUUAUGUCUAUCGAUAUCAAUAACAUACUACUAUUAUUAUUAGUACUGCCACAACAACUGCAGUGAACGAAAACACAAAUGGAGACAACCACAUAUAUCUGAAUACGAAAUGACAGAGUUACUUAGUAAAAUUUGUGAUAUAUAGAAAAUGCUU